AUGGAAAGCAGCCCUUCGCGUCACCUUCCCCGCGCUAUCCGCGGCGCGCGGCUGCUUUCCGCCCGUUGUGCUCUCCGCUUCCCCCGUCCUCCUCCGCUUAACGUCGCCAGCAGCGCGGGUUUGCGCGAGCGCGGCGAACCACAGGAAGCGGAGGGCGGGUGCAAACGUGCGAUGGCGGCGGGUCGUGGAAGCGUCCUGUUUCAACCCCCCUCGAUUGACCACCUGGCGAAGCUUCCCAGGCAAAUGGGAUGGGACGCGGGGAUGGGCGCAAGGGGGAAUGGGCGCAAGGGGGAAUGGGCGCAAGGGGGAAUGGGCGCAAGGGGGAAUGGGCACGAGGGGAGAUGGGUGGAAGGGGGGAUGGACAGCGGAGUGGGAAUGGGCGAAAUAGGAGUUGGUGACAGUCGUGCUGUGCUGGCAGCCCAGGCGGCACUUGCGGGUGCUGCUGCAAUGUCAGCGCAUGGCGAGAAGCAAGGCGGCCUUGAGGAUGCCAUUGUGUUGCCCAGGCUUCUCCCAAGUGUUGCUGGGUCUUCCUCCCAGCCUGGCACACGCCGCUACGGGUACACCCCAUUUCUGUGCUAA